GUUCCCCUCCGUGAUCCGGCCGAGGUUUGGCAAGCUAAAGUUAAUUACUAUACUUCAUGGUUACGUAACUUUGACGACACGUUCAAUUAUGAUGUGCGCAAAGGAGCAGGACUUGUGCAAGAAGCUGCUGUAGAGGCAAACUUUGGAGGGAGUCAGCAUGGUCAGCUUACAUCAGAACUCGAGGAUAAGCCGAAUGAUGGACCAAAUGAGCAGGAGAACAAGAAUUAUGGAUCAAAUGAGCAAGAGAACAAGGUUGAAAUGACUGCUGUCAAACAUCAAGACGAGAAAAAAUGUCCCAACAGCUCAGGCGAUGGUGAAAAUAGGGCAACGGAAAUGCGAGUGGUAAAUGAUGGUCUAGUUGAUGACAUGGCGUCGUCGUCAAUGUCGGCGUCAGAAGAAGAACACGCUAUCUCGACUUCCGAACAAGAGUGCGCUAUCGGAGAUGGGACAGCAACUGAGGCCGAACUGUCCGAAGAGGAAACCGGUUCGGAUGAUGAAGACUCGUUUGAUGAAGAGGAGGAGCAACUCAGGCAAUUUGCUGAAGCAUAUAGAAAGAACGUAGAUUUUCAGAUAGUUUUUUCCUCAUAUCUGUGGAUGCUCAGAAGAAGAUAUCACUAA